CACUCGGCGGGGAAAAAAGUUCACGCGCUGCCAGAUCAGAUUGUCUCUUACUGGCAGACUCAAAGCCAUCAUGGCUGACCUCAAUUCGGAGAUCAAUGUUGACAUCGACGUCCAAGAGAUUCUUCUCGCCGCGUCGCAACAUGACGUCCGCAAACUUCGCACUCUCAUACGAUCGAACAAGGUGCCCGAUCCAGUGAAUGUCAAAGACCCCGAGACCGGGUACAGUCCUCUCCAUGCUGCGAUUGCCGCCUGUGAGCCCGACGAACAGCCAACAAACGGGGAGCCGAAUGGCGUCCAAGCAGACGACGCAGGAGACGAGGAACAACAAAAGACUCUAGAAGAGGGAAGGGAUACUGUCAAAUUCCUUCUACAGGAAGGAGCAAUAUGGAAUGACCUGGACUUGAAGAACGAGACACCUGGUUGCUUGGCAAGACGGCUGGGGUUAACGGACUUGUACGAGCUCAUGGUCGACGCAGGUGUGCGGGCUGAGUUACUGCUCAACCGCCUGGAGGGCUACGAACGUCUCUCGGAUGAUGGGGAAGGAAAUGAAGGUGACGAUACAGCAGAGGUUCCGGGUACCACGGCAGCCCCAACGGCUCCUGCUGCUUCAGAAGAGACCAGCCAGGAGGCAGGAGACUCGACCAGCGACCCAGACGUUACCAGUUCACGCUAUCUACAGUCCAACUUGACUUUCCGGAAUGACCGCCUGCUAGAUGAAGAUCAGAACGGGGUCAUGAUGGCUUGGGAAUCCGAUAUUAUGGCGAAGUCCGCUAAAAAGCUCUCACCCACCCCGGGUCUGCGUGUUCUCAACAUUGGACACGGCAUGGGCAUUGUAGACGGAUUUUUCCAAGAACAAUCACCAGCCGCUCAUCACAUCAUCGAGGCGCAUCCGGAAGUUGUGGCGGAAAUGAAGCGAAAGGGUUGGCACGAAAAACCUGGAGUGCAGAUCCACCAAGGCCGCUGGCAAGAUAUCCUUCCCAGACUGGUCGAGCAAGGCGAGACCUUCGAUGCCAUUUACUACGACACGUUUGCUGAAUCCUAUGCUGAUUUCCGGGACUUUAUGUCUGAGCAAGUCAUUGGGCUCUUAGAACCUACCGGACAGUUUGGCUUCUUCAAUGGAAUGGGUGCGGACCGACAAAUUAGUUACGAUGUCUAUCAGAAAGUCGUCGAGAUGGAUUUGUUUGAGGCAGGAUUCGAUGUGGACUGGGAGGAAAUCCAGGUACCCAAGUUGGAAGGGGAAUGGAGUGGUGUCCGCAGGCCUUACUGGGUAGUGGAUAACUACCGGCUGCCUACCUGCCGCUAUAUGGAUUAACGUCAAGAUACCCCAAAAAACAAACCACAAAAGAAAUAGAAUAUGUUCGUUUCGUUGGACAGUGACCAACAGUCUCGUGUCAACGUCAGCACCUAAUCAUGCGACUCUAGGCGAAAUCCUCCGGGUCACUAUCGCAAGCUAGGCACCAGAACUGUUUUUCUCAAGCAUAUAUGCUUUGUGCGCUGUUCUACCGACUUUCAUGUUGGCAUUUUCAGAUGUCAUCUCACUGACUGAACUGGUUCGAUAUAUGCAGUCAAUGCACGUGCUUUAGCUCAUACCCCGAUGCGUAAUGGCAAGCUCUCGCUGGUUACCCGAUUUUUAUGGGAGCCAUAAUCAA